AUGGACCAAGAAUUCAUUGAGAUUUGGUGGGAUUCCUGCAUAGACCUUUGUGAUGUAUUGGUGAAUCUGUACUUCGUGCGUGAGGUCCUCACUGGCCUGGGCAUCGAGGUUCCUGAGCUUUGGUUGGACCUGCGUGAGCUGGUCAUCAUGAUCUGCACACGAAUGGAGAUGUUGGCUCAACGAGCUGCAGCAGUCUGGGUCUGGGUCAGGCCAGGUGCCUUUGGCAGUGAUGAGGAGGCACCAAUUGAGGAUGAUGAAGCUGCAUCCAUUGCACAUAACAAGCCAUUGUCGGUCGAGCAUGAUGAGGAAGAGUCUGCGGCCGAUCAUGCUGAGAUGGCUGAAAACUCAUGUUCGAGUUGCUCGGCUUUCAAUGCUGAAAAGACUCAGAGUUCGAAGAUAGUGUUCACAUUGAAGACAAACAUCUACCUCAAGACAUUCAGCGAGCCUUGGGACUCAUCUACGCGCACAUCAAAAAUCUUACUGGUCACCCAAAGAAACAAUUUGCUGAAGUCUGACACACAGAUCUGCCCUGUGAAAAAUGUUGAACCCAUGGGCGUCAGUGCAUUUGAGAUGGUUGCACCCACUCUUGCACGGAGUGUGGACUCAUCAGAAGAUGGGUCCAAUCAGGGUGAUAAAGUGCAGAAUGACAUCAUCUGCAAUAAUCAGCAUGAUGAGGACCAUCCAGAGGAGCCAGUGGAGGGGUGCGAAAGGCAAGGGCAAGGAGAGGGGUUCAACACCCCAGAGAUGUACCAGACUUGGUUCUUUGACUCAGGAUCUGAGAUUUAA